GGGGUGGGAAGGAAAGAAGAAGGAAAGAAGAAGGAAAGAUCAGAAACGAAUCGAAAAUCGGGUUGAUUCGCCAUUAAUCAUGUGCACCUCCCACCCUUCUCUCUCUUUCUCUCUCUCUCUCUCUCUCUCUCUCUCUUUCGCUCAUGCCUCCCCUAUUGGUAUUGUUUGUAUGAUCUUCCAGUACGAUCAACGUCACAUCGCUUUUGCGAAUGACGUUUGCACACAUCGAAGUGCACCGCGAUGGGGGUAAAUACGGGCAAAUGCAAACAAAAACCAAAACAAUAAAAAAAAACAACAUCACACAUCCCAGCCUUCUAUGUGUUUCGUGUAGCUUUGUCGAAAUACAUUGGUGAUGCGUGCAAAUCCAGUGUUGUGAAUGGGCUGCGUGUGCUGUUGUGUGAGCGAGCGAGAGCGAACGAUUCUACGAUUGACGUUUUGAGACGCAAUUCUAACUCCCCAAAUGCUCCAAUGUGUGCUGGCUGUGUUGUGUGGUAGUGGUUGUUGCCGCUCUCGAAAAAGGGUUGUUGCUGGUUGAUCGAUCGUGCACCAACACGACGCCGCUCAAAAACCACCCUUCUGUGUGCUUGUGGUGGUGUGUUCGCCGGGGCGAUCCAGAAGCGUCACAAGAGCGGUUUAGAGUGUAGUUAUAUCUCAAGGUGCAUACCGGGGCUCUUCGAUACAGGGCUGCUCUGUACCGAGGCAUAAAGUGAAUUGUGCGAUCGAUCGGGAAGUGAAUCCCAAAACCCACGGAUACAAAGAAAGUGGUGCAGCUGCGGUGGGAUUUUUUAUCCACCCCAAGUGUAUUGUAUUUGUGUGCGAAAUUUGAAAACAAGCGCAGUGAUCGUGCACGGAAAAUCAAACGAAAACGGUGUUAGAAAAAAAGGUGAAUAAAACAUACCGAAAACAGGGUGCUGAGAAAACUGCAUCCCCUCUGGAAGUGAACGCCAGCCAGUCACAACUCACACUUCAGCGUCCCCCUUCCACCCCCAGAAAAGGUGCAGCCGUGUGUGGCAGCUCCAGAGAAGCAAGAUUCUAGCGCAGGCCAAGAUCUCUGCGCGCGCGAUCGUUCGUUCGCUCUCGCUCGAUUCGUUCCCGCUGCUUCUCGGGCCAGUGAAAACCUGAAUCGCUGGAAGCUUUCAGAUCAAGCUGGCCAAAGGGUUGGGCUUUGACUGCUGCUGCUGCGAGUGAAUGUGUGGAAGUGUUUAAGUAUCUGUGUGUGUGUGCGCGCCACACAAGAGAGAUAGAAAAUCGCGUGUGUGUGUGUGUGUGUGUGUGUUAGAAAGAACCCCAUCCAUCCCCAUCGUGUAGGUGCGUGUGCGCGAAAAAAGAUGGCGUUCAACGGUGGUGCAGCUGGGGGGAAUGGGAGUGCGGCGGCGGCGGCUGCAGUGGCCGCCGGUGCAGCAAACAACGCGACCGACGAGAACGAGCCGACCGGUGCGAACAAGAAGAAGAACCUGAUCAUACUGGUCGACAAAGAUUCGAACGAUAAGCUGAACGAGCUGUUCGACAAGACGCUCAGCAAUAAGCUCCCGCUACAGAUCCCGUACCGCAUGCGCAAGCUGCCGGAAUCGUUCUUUAUGCCACCGUCGUCCGGCUCCAAAUCGCCGUCCGUGUCCCACUCGCGCGAAAACUCGGCCGACUCGGCGUUUGGCUCCGGCACGACCAUACUCGGCGGUGUGACGGGCGUCGCGACCGGUCCGAACGGUUUGCCGAUACACCAUAGCCGGGCACACAGCAGCCCUGCCUCGCUCGGGAAAAUCCCGGUCGGGUUGGGUGGGCUGGGUGGUGGUGUGGUGGCGGCGGCCGCGGCCGCAGCAGCUGCAGCUGCCGCUGCCAGUGGCAAUGGGGCCGGCGGUGGUGGAGGUGGUGGUGGUGGCGGCGGCGGCGGUGGUACUGGUGGAGCUGGUGCUGGCAGCGCUGGCGGUGCCGGUGGCAGUAAGUCGGCGGCGGCGGCAGCACAGGCUGCCGCAGUAGCCGCAGCCCAGAACGAUGCCAGCAGCCUGGGGGCGGCCGUACUGCAGCAGGCGGCCCUGUCGAAGGCGGCCAUACAGCAUCUACACAGCCGGGGUCGAUCGUACGACGUGUCGAACCUGCACGCCAACUUUGGCGAACUGCCGCCCGGCUGGGAGCAGGCCAAAACACAGGACGGACGCAUCUACUACAUCAAGUAAGUACCGCUCGGGGCUCGAGACGGGGAUUGCAGCAAUAGGGCACUUGGAAGGCUUCUUCUCUUCGGCUUCCUGAGGAGCAGUUGUCCGGGGUCAAGAAUAUCUGAGAAGUGCGGCAGCUGGUAGAAGCGCACAGUAGCGAACCGUAGCGUAGUUGGGAGGCUUCCUUGAAGGUCGCACUCAAUGGUCUUGGCCGAGAGUGCCUUCACUGCCCGAGUCGCAAUACGCAGUUACCGCAAGACCUUUGAACACACCCUUUAAUCGAGGGAUCAAUUUCGAGGGAUCAUUGACAGGAACAAACAGCUUGACACUCACGCCUCAAGAGGGUUUUUGGGGUGCUCUAAAGCAAUAAAGAGACACCUGACGUCGCUAGCCGGCGGUGUAAUCUGCCAACGGACAGCUCGAGAACGCUCUUGAUUGGGUAACAUAAACGUUAAUCGUGCUGUAAACGUUUUGAGCUUUGUCUCACGUGGAAGUUGGCAAGGGACCGCGCUUGUUUCCAACAGUCCAUGCACUCCAAACUGUCAAGUGUGGACACACUUUUUAUAGACACACACAGCCUGCAGUCUGAACGGUUGAAGGGCAUAUGGGAAGUACCUGCCGGACACUUUCCCAAACUUCCACCACGCUGGACAACUCAAUCCAUUCUUUGUUGCCAACAACACGCUUCGCAAUCAUCAAUUCUUCCAAUCGCGCCAUGUCACGCAAAAAAAGGAAGGAACGCAACUCCUCAAAGGAAAAGGCGCAAAGUCGCCGCGAGGACGAAAGCCCAUAAUUUCGGAUGGCCCAGGCAUGAAACGCACCGGUGCAAGUCGGCAAGUGUUUUCACACGUCCAUGUGCCGGUCGAUCGAGUGUGAUCGUUCCAGCGAAACCGCGUGCGCACAAAUCGAAUCGAACGGCAACCGAUGCAACCCUUCUGCUGUGUUGGACAUGCUAGAGACUCCAUUCGUCACCAUCGUUGUGUUUUUUGUAAAGUUGGUGCGCAGAAACAUAAUUAAAAGCAUUCGCCAAGCAGAACAGCGUAUGGAUCGUCUGCAUGCUGGCUUGGGCCCAAACUUUUGGUGAAGGUUACCCAUUGUGAAACGAUAGUAGCGCUGGCCAUCUUGCUUUGACUAUAUAGCGAGCACCUUCUUGUCCACCGAUGUCACAAGCUCCAUGUUUGCUUGCUAAGCUCGAUGCAAUCUGCUAGCGUCGACCUUCACCGAUCACUCACGUGUUCCGCAGCGAGUGUGGAAGCGUUCUGAUGACUAAACAGUGCCCUGCAGGUGGCUCACGUGCAUGGCAACGUUCUGGAGUUCUGCGGUUGUCAUGAGAACUCUUCACAGCAAGUGGCACGUGC